GUUUUGGAUGUUGACGCUCGCUCGCGCUAAAAACGCACCUCCACAAACAACUGCUAUACUGUACUGAAAACUUGCGCGAAAAAAUGUUUGGCGGCAUGUUACAUGUCGUAUCCUGUUAUUAAGUGUGGGGCUUCGUGUCAAAUACUUUUAUCAGUGAAUACAGAGUUCGAGGUUCGUUAUCUAGUUCUGUGCUAAAUGUGCUCGAAAUAUCAAAUCAAUUCAGUUUAUGAGAAGUAGGUCAAAAUGAAUCGCGCUUUGAGAAGCCGUAAAAAUACUUCCGAAAAUGUUGCGCAAUCCAGAGCAACAAAAGCUGUUCCGAAGACUGUUGUUGGUAAAACAAUAAAAAACAGUGCCACAAAACCAGCUGCUAAAAAAAUUGCAGAAAAGAAAAAAAAUUCUUCCAAUGAAAGUUCUGUAUCAAGUAUCAAAUCUCCAGUACUCAGAGAUAGAACUAAUACUACAAAUGAACUUUCUAAAGUAGACGUGUCAUCUCAGAAAAGUGAAACAACUGAUUUAACAGAUGCCAAAAAAACAAUUACUACUCGUUCAUUAAGAAAGUUAGAAAAAGACAAAGACCUCAAAAGUAAUGGUGGAAUAAAAAAAUCAACUACAGCUAAGAAAUUGUCGGUUCAUAAAAAUAAAAUAGCCAAUGCAUCUGAAAGCAAUAGCGAAUGUACUUCAGGGUCAACAAAAGAAAUUGUUCAAACUCGCACUAGAAAUUUGGUUAAAAAUAACAAUGCCCCAGCUGAUUCUGAAAAAAAUUCAUCUCCAUCUAAAUCAAAAACAUCUGUUCCAACUGCCUCUAAAAAUUCCAUUCAAAGUUCAGGUGAAGUGACUAAUUCUAUUAAAGAAUCAUCUCCAGUAAAAUCAGAAAAAGUACAUCAAACUCGCACUAGAAGUUCAACAAGAAGUUCAGAUACAGGUUCCAUAUCUAAAAAAGAACCUUCUUCAUUAGAAAAAGAAAAAGGAGCUGCUACUGAGAUUGAGAGUUCUAUUAUAAGAAAAAUGGAGACUCGUACAAGAAGUUCUACAAGGAGUAAAAAUCAAUCGUCAAAUUCUGAAAAAGAGUCUUCUGCCAUGGAAACAGAUAAAGUAGUUCAGACUAAAUCAAGAAGAUUUAAAAAUACACCUAGAAAACAUAAUAUGUCAAUUGAAGAUGUAGAAAGAAUGUUGAAUCAAUCUGACAGUGAAGAUGAAUCCAUGGAUGCUGCAGGUACUGCUGCAAAUAAAGAAAGUUCAAAAACUGCUAAAACAGAAAUUAAAAAAGUUCCUCUUCAAGGAACUAAAAAAUUUUUUAAAUGUUCAUCAACAUCUCAAACAAAAACAUUACCUGUAACAGAAGACAAAAUUGUCCAUAAACAGGUUAAAAGCAAAAUUACAACGAUUGAAACUCCUUUGGAUGACAACGUUUCAUUCAAGUCUAAAAUUUCUAACUACAAAUCAUCAGAUAAAACAGCUGAAAAACAAUUACGUCCACGUGCAAUUAAAAAUUACUGUGAAAUUUCUAAGCUUUUGGAAGAGGAUGAUUCAAAUGAUUCUGUCAAAGAAAAUAAUGAACCAGAUAAAAAAAAUAAAAAUGAGACUGAAAAAGCGAAUAAAGUUCAGGUUCCAAUUUAUAAAACACUACCAGCAUCUCAACAAAAAAUUGAGGACAUAGAUAAAAUAUACGAAAUUCCAGAAGAAUGGUUACAUGAAGAUCAAAAUAUUAAAAAACCUAAAAAGAAAUCUGUUAAACGCUUGAAAAAAGCUUCCAGACCAAAACCAAUUAUACCUUGCAAAACGAAGGAAAAUAUUAAUGGGCCUAAGCAGCAUUUAAUUUCACCACAAACAAAUAUAGUUAAAAGCAAGCCUUCAAAACAAAACGAGGUUGACAAUAAUAAUCUGAAGGAUAGUGAUAAAGUUUCUCCUUCAAAUAAUAAUGAACCUGUGAUUUCUGAAGACUUUCAAGAAAUGGGUGAAAGUACAUUUGAAGAAGCUCCAACAAUGAAAAUUAUUUCAGAUCAAAUUUUAAAAGGAAAUGAUAGAAUUAAGCUUGCAACAACUCCUAACGCCCCUAAAACUAUAAAUUCAGAGUUAAAAUUAUUUGGUAUGAAAAAUGCUAUCACUUCUAAACCCACUACGCAAUAUAUGAACAUGGUCAAUCAUUCUCUCAUACAAAAGUCGAUGUCACCAAUUAAAAAAGUAAUUGAUAACUUUGAUGUUGGAAGUCCUUGGAGAGUCACAGAUACUUUUACCAGAAUUCAAAAAGUAGUGCAAAGCACACCCCAAACUAACAAAAAAGUUGCAACACUGAUAAGAAAACCUGUUGUCAAAAUGUUGCCAGUACCAGAAAAAUCAAUUGGAUCUCAAGAAACUAUUCAUCUUUCUUCUCUUCCAGAUAAAUCAGGAAAUAAUGGAAGUGCAACUCAAGUUUCUGCUCUUAAUGAAGGAACAAGUCCUAAAAAUGUCAAUACUAACUUAUCUAAUGUUAGUCCUGUGAAAUCAAUUGAUCAGUCCACGUCUCAUCCAGAAAAUAUACCUUUUGAAACUAAAAAUCCUCAGAUAAAUCAAAAUAAUUCUAAAUCUCCAAGGAAAUUUGGUACAGUAUUGUGUAAUGUCAGUCCUGUAAAAUCUGUUAAUCAAAGGAACCAACAAUCGUCUCAAAAUAAUUCGAAGUCUCCAAGGAAGUUUGGAACUGUAUUGCCAAAUAUAAGUCCCAUGAAAUCUAUUACUUCAAGCUACCAACAAUCAUUUCAAAAUAAUUCAAAGUCUCCGAAAAAAUUAGUAACAAAUUUAAGUCCUACUAAAACUAUUAAUCAAGAUUUGCAAGUAUAUCGAGUGCAAUUAGAACCAUCCAAACCUGUAACAGAGAUUUUCAAGGAUCAUGAAGUACCAAAUAUUGAUUUUGAAAUAGGAGAUGAAAAUACUAGUCCAAAUAAAUCUCCUCGAAAAUUACAAAAAUCAGUGAUUGAAACUUUGAAGAGUGUGAGUCCUCAAAAAUCUACAAUGAAAAAUUUCCUGGAACCGAAAAAAUCAUCCGAAAUCCCAAACCCUAAAUUAUUAAGACAAACUACUUUGCACGGGUUUCUUAAUUUAGAAGAAGUACCUGAAAGCACGCGCAUUCUAACUCCUGACGGUAUUUUUGCUGACGUUCAUUCUACUCCAAUCAAUGGACGUAAACAAAAAAAAACUACAGAAGAACCUAAUCUUGAAAAUGCAUUUGGUUUUGAUGAUGGAGAUGAUGAAGAUGAAAUCGAAGUUUGCCCAAGCAUUAACGUUAUGAAAAAGAAACUAUUUACAAAAAUGAAAGCUAAACCAAAAACAUCACGAAUAUCAUACAAUACAGUAAAGCAAGCAUUGCUAACUAACAUUAUGAACACAAAAAAAUCUGAAGAAAAAAUGCCUGAAAUUUUUGAAAAAAAUGAUCAAAAUGAUAGCGACGAUAGUGACAACAGUAGUGUUGCUAGUAAAGAUUACAGUUUCAAUGCAGAAUUGAAAAAGAAUGAUUCAGAGAAUCUAAAAGAAUCGAUUUUAACUUUCUCGGAUACAUUUGAUCUUCACUCUGAGCAGGGAGAUGACUCGUUAGUACCGGAAAAAGGACUUUUGUUCUUUAAUUUGGAGCCGGUUCAUUUUUCAACGCCCGCAAGGCGUUCGUACGGAAAAAGAAAAAGACAAGUUUGUGUUAAUACGACUACUGAUUGCUCAGCUAGUGACACUGAUGACCCAGAGGAAAAGCCAAAAAGGGCUAAAAAAAGACCGAAGAACAAACGAUGCAAAGAAGAAGAAAAGAAAAUGAAGGAUUGGGUAAAAAAAAUUAAUUCUACAUUUGACGAAAUUGAUCAUUUUGAUUUGGUGGUUGAAUGACCGAUGAAACAAAUGCAUUAUAACAAAAUGUACAGAACAACAAACGAUGUGAUCGAUUUAAAAUUUUACUAUCUAAUACAGACGUGUUGUGCAAAUAAUUUAUGAAUCAACUAUUUUGAUUGAUAUAUGAAUUUAUUAUUAUUAUUUUCCAAAAUGACAAUCAAUCAUAUAGUUAUCAAAAAAGUAUUAUAAGAUGUUGAUUUUAAGAUCUCUUGGCAUCAUAUUCAAGAGAUUAUUUUAUUAAUGAAAUGCAGUUAUAUUUUACAAUUUAUAAAUUGUAAAGAAUCUCUUUUUAGAUAAUAGUUUCAAACUUAUAAUAAUAUAAUUUAACGUUAUUUUUAAUUUAAUUUCAUUCAAAACUGAUUCAAUUUAUAUAAGAAGUAAUUGUGAAAAAUAACACAGAAAUUUUAAGUAAUAUGACCUAACCAGAUAUUUUUACAAUCAAAUAAACAUUGAGAAUUCGAACGAAAUCUCAGUAAACUAGGUCACUAAAACAAUCACUUUCUCUAUUAUAUUAUUUAAAAAUUGAAGCAUAAAAUUAAAAAUUAUAAAAAAAACAUUUAAAAAAUUAAAUG